GUAGUAACAAAUUGGCUCUUCUUCCUCAUUCUCUACACUCACUCACUACUCUCUAAAAACUUCUUUGAUCGUCUCUCAACAUCAUACGCAGCAAUUUCUUCGUUCUUCGUCGCGUAAGUUUAGAUGAACACUGAGAUGGAAGAAGACACAGGGAAUGGAGGAUUUCGGAAACGCAUGAAACUAUCUGAUGAAGAGGGGAAAGGUGAUUCGAGAGAUGGAAUCAGUCUUGAGAAUACCGUUGAGAAUGAAGAAGCUGAGACGAAACUUGUUGCUUCUGAUGAGAUUGAACAAAACAUUGCUCAAAUUCUCGACAAGAUUGAGAGCUUCACACAGACCGUUUCUAACUUGCUGGAAACAGGGAAGACAAUGUUUAAGGAACUCAGUAACGAAUUUGAAGAACGCUUGAUCAUGAUACACAGGGAACAUGUUGAGAAAUGGCAGGAGGAAAUCAAGGAGUUGCGUUUGCUUGAUGCAUCAAACGAGGAGACUACUUCCCUCUUACACAACGCUCGCUAUCUGAUUCAGAAUCCUAGCAUUGAGCAAUGAGUGGUGUAAGAAGUCAUAUAUAUUACCUUAGAUCAACUUAUGGUUGGUUGGACAAUUUCAAAAACCAUAUGAUGUCUUGAAAGAAACAUAGAACUAGCUUAUCAUGCACAGCCUCAGCUAAAUCCAGCAUUGUGUUUGCUUCUUAUUAGAUUUUGGGGUGAAUAUAUAAAAUGACUCAUAUCUAUUGCUAGUUCCCAUCAAAAACCAGUAACUCUCCGUUAUC